AAGAGGGUGGAGCUAAGCAUCGACAUAAGUGAGAGUGGAUCGUGAACGUCUUUCUACAACAUUCUCAUUGUGCUUAAAGAUUAAAUAAAACUGCAUUUUGAAGACGGAGCAGCUGGACAAACUUGUCCGCCUGCGUUCAACAUUGGAACUCUUCAUUUAUCUUGCUCUUAACCUAAGGGUUCAUCCUCCUGAUAUUACUCAUCGUCAACGUCAUGACUGACAGGAAGGCCGUCAUCAAGAACGCUGACAUGUCCGAGGACAUGCAGCAGGACGCGGUGGACUGCGCAACGCAGGCCAUGGAGAAGUACAACAUCGAGAAGGACAUCGCUGCCUACAUCAAAAAGGAAUUUGACAAAAAGUACAACCCCACCUGGCACUGCAUUGUGGGUCGCAACUUUGGCAGCUACGUGACUCAUGAGACUAAACAUUUCAUCUACUUCUACUUGGGCCAAGUCGCCAUCCUGCUCUUCAAGUCUGGCUGAGACUGAUUUUUGUUUCUUUUUUUUUUUUUGUUCCUUCAUGUUUUCACUCCUCGAUGCUUUAAGAGGCUUGCGCAUCACGUACUCUAAUGAUAAUGACAACUUCACGUAAUGAUGCAGCACUGCAUGGGUGACUACUUUUAUUUGGUAGGUACAGUUGCAAAAAAUGACCAAUCUGCGGUUGCAGUUUCAAACCAACUCUUACUUUUUGUUGAGUUAAUAUCGUUAAAAUCUGAGUCGGUGGACCAAAAUGGAGGCCCCGAAUUGUGAUUAAAGAGUCUGAACGUCAUCACUAUGGGGGCUAGAAUUAGGUAGAACUUUUGAAAUUAGAUUUUUUUUUUUUGAAGAUUGUUAAUUAUUUUGAUGCCGAUUUUGUGUUUGUCGUAUAAGACUUCGCCACACUACAGUGUCCAUGUCGGAACUUUCGAAAGUUUUUCACCUUUACAGUUUUGAUGAUUAAAAUUAUUGCCAAUAUUCAUCCAAUGAAAAAUUCCCUGCCGAAUAUUUUUUUUUUUUUGUCAACAAGACACUUUUAAAAUUUAGGAUUUGUUCUACCGAGUAUUAUUUUUUAUCGAAGUUUUUAUGUUUCAACUUUUCGUUUUUCUUGUCUAAACUUUGUCAGAAUAACACAUCUUUAAAAUAUCGCAAUUUUAUUCGACGUAAAAAAAAAAACAAACAAAAACAAAUUUAAUUCCUUUGAAUUUGCUAAUUUACCAUCUGAUUCGCAGGUAUCAUUUUUAUAAUAUACGAACAAAUGUAAAAAAACACUAAAAGUUAGACGUGCUUCUACCCAAUCGUUGGCGUGUUGUUUUUGAUUAUUUUUAAGUUUCUGUUCUUAUUCUCCCUGCAAUGUGAAUUGACGACAUUCUCGAGCACUUUUGUUAUUACGGACAUUCAUAUCGUCUGCUAGCGUUGUUCAGCUAGCUCGUUUCGGGUCUUUUACUACUAGCACUCUUCUGUUAUCGUUUAUUAAUAUGGUAACAGAACAAACAUCUUUUCUUUGUAAGAUUUUGCAACUAGCUUAUGUCAGGUGCUGGUUUAGUCUAAUGUGAUGCUGCCUUUUCUUUGGAUUCCUUUUGUUGGUUUGUCCGAAUUCUUGUCCACCGCAAGCUAAGUGUUAGCUUUGACUGUGAUUGAUUAUUAUUUUUGUACUUUGCUGCCAUUAAUGACGAUCGACGUCCAAUUCAUUUUGACUGUGAGGGUGAAUUCAUUCAAAAUGGAGUCGCCCCCUCCCUGUAAAAACGAAUUGGACGUCUAUCGCCGUCAAUGGCAGCGAAUGAGGGACAAGGGAUGUCUUCCUUUUCUAAUAAGAUUGAUUGCCUCUGGCAUGUUAUUACUGUUGUAACUGUUUUAGCUGAUCCUUUCAAAGCGCAUCUGUCUUGGGAACAAUGGCACAUCAUUUAUAGUUGCUAAAAAGCCAAAACGUGGGAAAACUAAGAAAUAAAGAAUUAUUGUUGACUUGAAA